AUGCUCACCAAGGGGACACUGAAGGAGAUGGGGGGGAAGUUCACCACAACUCCGGUGACGCUGUUUGUGUACGAGGCAGGGCAGGCAGUGUCGGGGCGUGGAGUGCAACUGGCCUUCCAGGUCAACUUCACCUUCACUCUUGCCCCGAGCAUAGCAGUUGAAUUCAACACUCUGCGGGACAAGCAGCAGGGGGACAUGCGCCUCCAGCAUGUGGGGUUGAACAUUCAAGGCCAGGCUAGGUCGGUAGCUGCUGUGAAGGCACCAUUUUCUUUUAACAACAAGAAGCCGUACACGGCAAGGGUGGACUACGAUCCUAGGGAUCCCGGCACCAUCCAUGUGUUCCUGGCUGCUACGGAGGUGAAGCCAGAGCUGCCGCUGCUGGAGAGGAGGCUGGCUCUGUGUGAGGUGCUGCAGGCUGGAGCGGAGCAGCAGAAAUUCUUCUUUGGUUUGUGGCAGCCACUGUGA